AUGCAACAGGUGGCAACUCAACAACUGUUUGAGGAGGAAGCUAGUGGUACUGCUGGUGAGGAGCCUAUGUCCAGGUUAUGUGUAUUCAGAUCGAAGGAACCAAGUGAGAGGAUUGACAGCACUAUAAAUCCUAGCCAGGAGAAUGAUGCAUUGGUCGUUCACAAAAUGUUGGAACAACAGCAGAUGAGCCAAGGGAGGGAGAUGGAGGAACACAGGCAAAUGAUUGUUGGUGGAGUAGCAAAGAUUCCAGAGGUGGAGAUUUCUACUGAGGCAAUGGAGGUGAGGGAGGAGGUGCAAUUGAGAAAUAAUAGAACAUGGAGGAGAGCCAUUAGACAGUGUUCAACAUCUGUGAAACCUAUGGAGGAUGAAAGUGAAGAUCAAAAGGACUGGAAUUGGGUAGUGAAUGGUCCAACUAAAACCAAGCAGGGAACAGUGGGCACAGAUAUUUGGGUGGCUGAAUUGAUGGCAAAUGGUGGGAGGAAUUGGGAUGAGAGACUGACUUUCUAUUGUGAUGAUGUGUUGAUGUGGUGUCUGUUGGGUUUCAGCUCACUUGCUGCUGAAGGCCACGGACAAUUAGCAACUACACAACACUUUGAUUCUCGGAGUUUCCAAAAUCGAAAGCCACAAUCAAAUUCUGAAUCGAGUUCAGUACCAGAUUCAUCUGUCUCGACUGAAACUAGUUCGGAAUAUUCGAGCCCCCAGCUUUCUCUCAUCUUUUCUCUCUUCCCUCUCUCGAUUUGA